AUGCGGCCGCAGCUAUUUCGCGCGGCCGCGCGGUCUAUCCGGCUUCCAAAGGUCAAUGCUGCUAGGACAUUUGCAACGACAAUUCCUCGCUCCGCCGAGGUGGAACUCACGAUUGAUGGCAAGAAGGUCUCCGUAGAAGCUGGUUCGGCUCUUAUUCAAGCUUGCGAGAAGGCUGGAGCAACAAUUCCUAGAUAUUGUUAUCAUGAAAAAUUAAUGAUUGCCGGAAACUGUCGCAUGUGUCUCGUCGAAGUCGAAAGAGCCCCAAAGCCCGUGGCGUCAUGUGCUUGGCCGGUACAGCCCGGAAUGGUCGUCAAAACAGAUUCCCCGUUGGUGCACAAGGCUAGGGAAGGAGUUAUGGAGUUCUUGCUAGCCAAUCAUCCACUUGAUUGCCCGAUUUGUGAUCAGGGAGGAGAGUGUGAUCUUCAAGACCAGUCGAUGCGGUAUGGUGCGGACCGUGGACGCUUCCAUGAAUUGGGUGGCAAGCGUGCUGUCGAAGACAAGAAUAUUGGACCCCUUGUCAAGACAUCUAUGAACAGGUGUAUUCAGUGCACACGUUGCGUCCGAUUUAUGAAUGAUGUUGCUGGUGCUCCCGAACUUGGAACUUCCGGCCGAGGAAAUGAUAUGCAGAUCGGAACAUACUUGGAACGAAACUUGGACACUGAGCUGUCUGGAAACAUCAUUGAUCUCUGCCCCGUUGGUGCCCUGACCUCGAAGCCCUACGCCUUCCGCGCCCGUCCUUGGGAACUCAAACACACCGAGUCUAUCGAUGUGCACGACGCUCUCGGCUCCAACGUCCGGAUUGAUACACGCGGUAUGGAAGUGAUGCGCGUUCUCCCAAGACUGAAUGAUGAUAUCAACGAGGAAUGGAUCAACGACAAGUCUCGCUUCGCAUGCGAUGGCCUGAAGACUCAGAGACUCACCACUCCCUUGAUCCGACAAGAAGGAAAGUUCGUCCCUGCGACCUGGGAGCAAGCCCUGACCGAGAUUGCAUCGGCCCAUCAAAGACUUCAGCUAAAGGAAAAUGAGUUCAAGGCUGUUUCCGGCCAUCUUGUGGAUGCGGAAACCAUGGUUGCCAUGAAAGACCUCGCCAAUAAGCUUGGCUCCGAUAACCUCGCCCUGGAUCAACCUGGAGGUAGCUCACCCAUUGCCCAUGGUGUCGACAUCCGCUCAAGCUAUCUCUUUAACUCGAAAAUUUACGGGAUUGAAGAGGCCGACGCCAUCCUCCUAGUGGCCACAAAUCCCCGCCACGAAGCAUCUGUUCUCAACGCCCGCAUUCGUAAACAAUAUCUUCGCUCUGAUCUCGAGAUCGGUCUUGUUGGAGAAUCCUUCGAGAGCACCUUCGACUUUGAGCACUUGGGAUCUGACGUUGCUGCUCUGAAAUCCGCUCUGUCAGGGGACUUUGGCAAGAAGCUGGCUACCGCUAAGCGACCUAUGAUUAUUGUCGGUAGUGCCGCGGCUGAGCACGAAAGCGCCAAGGCAAUUUUCGAAGCUGUUGGUGGAUUUGUUGAGAAGCACGCUAGCAGCUUCAACACCCCAGAAUGGCAGGGCUACAAUGUUCUCCAGCGCGCAGCAUCCCGUGCCGCCGCCUUCGAAGUCGGCUUUACUACACCUUCCCCGGAAGUUGCCCAAACCAAGGCUAAGAUGGUUUGGCUACUUGGUGCUGACGAGGUUAGCCAAUCUGAAAUUCCCAAGGACGCAUUUGUCGUCUACCAAGGCCACCACGGUGACAGCGGUGCUCAAAUUGCGGACGUUGUCCUCCCCGGAGCGGCAUAUACCGAAAAGUCGGGAACCUACAUCAACACCGAGGGCCGUGUUCAGGUUACUCGAGCAGCAACUUCAAUGCCCGGUGCCUCUCGCGAUGACUGGAAAAUCAUCCGUGCCGCUAGCGAGUUUCUGAACGUUCCCCUCCCUUACGAUGAUAUUGAAGCCCUACGCGACCGCAUGGAGGAAAUCAGUCCUGUCAUGCGACGCUAUGACGUUGUCGAAUCCUCUUCUCUAGCCCAAUUGAGCAAGGUUCAGCUGGUAGAUCAGAACAAAGGCGCUCAAGUAACCGCUACGCCAUUCAAGAAGGUGAUCGAAGAUUUCUAUUUCACAGAUUCCAUCUCCAGGAGUUCACCGACCAUGGCCCGUUGCUCGGCGGCGAAAGCCUCUGGAAACCCUGAUGUAAACUACCUGUCGAGCGGCGGUGAAAUGUCCCCUCAGCACAUGUAUGGCUGA